GCGAUAACUUAGCCUGACAGAAAGUAAUAAACAUCAAAUAUGGCGACGUCCUUAACAGUCCAAAGUCUUUUUAUAUUCUACUCGAUUUUACUUAAUAAAUGAGUCCAAACGAGGAUCUAUAGUUUUUUUUUUCCUUCAAAUCCGAUUUAACGGAAAACAGCUCUGCAUGCCAUUGCAUGUACAGCGCUGUGUUUUAAUCACCACGCGCAGACCACAAACUGAUCUGAGCUGGACGCACAUCUCCGUCUUUAUUUCCAGUAAUUUCCUUUGAAGACUCGCUCAGAAGACACAGCGAAGAUGACUGAAAGAUUGUUUGAAGAGAAACAACAUGCCUCCCUCUAUCACAAAUAUCGAUUUGGUCCCCCUGAUGAGCUGAAGGAGCUUAUUCUCCAUUAUCUGGACACAAAGAAAGGAAAGCCCCAUCAGCUGGCUGUGGAUUUGGGCUGUGGAACGGGGCAGACCUCUCGUCCCCUGACUGCGUAUUUUGAGCAGGUGGUGGGCAUUGAUGUCAGUGAAUCUCAGGUGGAGCAGGCAAGAGCAGUGCCAGGGUUCCCUAACCUCAGCUACAGAGUAGGCACAGCAGAGGAGCUGCCAUUCCCAGAUGGCUCAGUGGAUCUGCUGACGGCUGCGUCUGCGGCUCAUUGGUUCGAUGCUGAACGUUUCCUAAAGGAGGCUACACGUGUUCUGAAGCCGCGUGGCUGCUUGGCUCUCUUUGGCUAUGGGGACAAUAUGAAAAUACACUAUGAAUCUUGCGGUGAUCGACUUAAUAACAUAUAUGAGGACGUAAAGCAAAUACUGCUGCCUUACACAAGCAGUAAGGUAACUGAUGCCAACAGUAAGCUAAAGAUCUUAUUUGAAACCAUACCCUUCCCAGAUAAAGAGAGGAUUGAAAUAAUUCCAAUAAAGCAGCAGCUGAGCAUCAAGAAUGUAAUUGGUUUUAUUCAGACAUUCUCCAUGUACCAAGCGUAUCUGAGAGCUGAUCCAAGUGCUGCAACCACACUGUUGGAGAGAACAACAUCACGUAUUCUGGAGGAGAUGAAAGUGUCAUCAACAGAGGCCAAAGUCGACUUUAUAAUGGAGUACUUCUGUGUGCUUGCAUGUAAACCUGAGUGACACAUGACUCAAUCACAUGACCCAACUCACCUGUACUAUCAUCCUAGAUGUCUAGAUACUGUAGUUUCUGUGGAAGGUUUGAUUUCACUUUGUUUUUGUCAAGUUGUUAGCAAAUCUGUGGGCUUACAAACACACAAUAUUUUUUCAUAAUUUCACAUGAAAGAUUCUGAAAAUAUAUUUAGUAUUUGCACUAUGCAUUAUGAUGUUGCAUAAUGUUAAUUUGAAAUUAUUUACUCUACAAUAUGCAGGCAUUGAUGUAAUGUUGUUUAAAAUAAUAAAAUCCUUUUUUUUUUGAA